ACUUCAGUUCUUCAUUCAACACAUUCACGUGUAAGAUUCUAACCACUCAAUACUCAUUGAAUAUUGAAAUGAACAUGAACACAUUUUAUACAAUUUUGACAGCAUUUCUCCUCUCUUAUUGCACCACUGAUCAGAGCGAACCCUCAAAACUCCCUUCAAAUAGUCAUAUUGAAGAUUUUAUUCGAAGCGACACGUACUUGCGAACUCACGAAAUAAACCAUAUUUGGGCAAUUCAUCAGUUCCGAUUCCACGAGCAAAUUGAGGAAAAUUCGAUUUUCUCGCCCGACUUACGCGCACCCACAACCGAUAGAUAUGAAUGGCAAAUUGAGAUCAACCCUAAUGGCGAAGAUAAUAACAAUGAUACGAUUUCUGUGUAUGUAUGUCGAAACGAUGACAGUGCAGUUGAAGAGGCAACUGCAGAGAAAAAUAUUUCAAUCAUAAAUAAUAAAAAAGAAGUAUUACUUCACAAAUAUGAUUCGCCAACAAAAUAUGCACGCGCAUACGGAUACGGAUUUAACUGUUGGGGUUGGCCAAACUUUUGCAAGAAAAAUGAUUAUUUUAGAAAUCAUUUACUCCAAAACGACACAUUAACCCUCUCAAUCCACAUAAAGUGGUUAUCUGAAUCACCAACUGAGGUUAUUCAACAUGUUUCUUCGACCAGUACUGCACCGGGGACCACCACCAUCAAAUUUAAUCUCACUGGGAAUUUGGAAUCGAUGCUGGAAAACCCGAAAUUCGCAGACGUCGUUUUUAUAACGAAUGGAAGCAGUUAUCCAGCCCAUAAAAAUAUUUUGUCCGCCCGAAGUCCGAUUUUCGCUGCCAUGUUUCGAAGAAAAGAUUCGAAAAAUGAAAAAUUGAAAAAAAUCCGUAUAAACGUUACUUCCAUGAACGAAAAAGUACUACGCGCGAUGCUGCGGUACAUUUAUACAGGAAAAUGUGAACAGCUAGGGGAACUAACGGACAGAUUCUUUGAAGCUGCUACCAAAUAUGGUGUGAAUGGGCUGAGAGAAACUUGCGAACAAGCACACAAUAAAACUAUGCUUGGUUAAAAAUACAUCCAUCUACCUCUAAUUCAUUAAAAAAAAAAACAAAAACAAAAAAACAUCUUGCGCAGUUCGCAAGAUCAACCGACUUUGCUCUAAAUAUACCCCAGUAAUUUACCAACAUUUAUCUCAGUAAUUUACCAGACAUUACUUAAAAAUUUACUAAUUUAUCAAAAUGCGCGGAAGUACCCAAAUUUACCGAUUUAAUGAAUACGAAAAGUCGAAAACAUUGACAAAAUAAAAUAGUCAAUCAUAAGUAGCCAUCAUAUUACACUUUUAUGAAAUUGAUUUUCAAAUAAAAAUUAGCGUACUUAUGAAGACGUAACCGUCAUAUUACAAGUGGAAUAAUAUAUCAGGAAAAUUGUUGACAAAAAACAAAAUUAUUACCGAAAUUUACCAAUUUACCGAAAUUUAGCU